CCUGCACCCCUUGGCCAUGCACAUGAGUCGCCUCGCUCUCCUCGCCAUCCCGGCAGUCGUGGCCUUCUCGUCCACUCCGGAGUCAAUGGUCACGGUCAAGGGAAUCACCACGGAUUGCGACGGCAGCCAGUGCUUCAACCGUCUUCACCCCUCCAUCCCGAUGGCGGCGAUGGCCGAGCCCGACCAGGUUAUCCUGUUCGACACGCCACAGGCCACCUCCGACUACAAGAACACCUCCUGCACCUCAUGCAACUUCGACUUUGAAAGGAACACCAAGCACAUUCGCACGCUGCACCAGCUCGCGGGCCCAGUCGGCAUCGCAGGUGCCGUCGCGGGCGACAAGAUUGCCAUCACGAUCCUCGACAUCGAAGCCAAGACGCAGGGGUGGAACCACGCCGCUCCCAACCUUGGCAUGCUGUCCGACAUGGUCACGGCGGGCACUUUCAACUGGUGGAUGCCCAAGGGGCCCAACCCGGCCAAGCCUGAUUGCUGGGUGAGCGAGCUGUUUCCCGACGUCGAGAUCCCGUACAACCCCUUCCCCGGCAUUGUCACCGUGCUACCCAACAUGGAGAUCGUACAGCGCGUGAAGGAGCGCGAGAUCACCGUCCUCGAGGCGGGCGGCACGGCGCAACCUGCCGGCUCGGGCACAAUGGGUCUGACCGGCGACAUGCCCUCGGCCUUUCCGUCGAGCGUGUGCGGCGAGGGCGGGUCCGACCCCGAGAACUGCCUGCGGACCAUCGCUCCCGAUGUCUAUUACGGGAACGAAGACUCGCAGCGCAUCACCGUUGGCAACACCCUCGUCAUCGAGUGUUUCGUUGACGGCUGCGGCAUCGGCAUCGGUGAUGUGCACGGCGCACAGGGCGAUGGCGAGGUCUCGAUCACCGCCAUCGAGAUGGAGGCCCUCGUCAAGGUCAAGGUCAAGCUCAUCAAGCCGGACGACCCGAUGUAUCAUCUGCCCUCUCCGACGACUCUCGGCGCGUCGCUCAACCCGCUGCACUCGUCGCCGUUCGUCUCGUUCCACGGCUUCGGCGACAAGCCGGAACCCAUCCCCGAUUUUGCCGGCGAGGCCAACUUUCCGUGGCCGAUCCAGCAGCACAUCACCUUUGGGGAGGUCAUGAACAACAUGACCUUUGUCGCUGACAACCUGCAGAUGAGCGGGCGCAACGCACUGAUCAAGUGCAUCAAGUUCCUGCACGACGUCCUUGACUACUCGUUUAACCAGGGCCUCAUCCUCGCGUCGGUCGCCGUCGACUUGCGCGUCGCCCAAGUCGUUGACAAGCCGCAGGCUUCGAUGGAGGCCUACCUGCCGCUCGACAUCUUCACGGGCGAGGCGAAAGCCAAGAUGAUGGCUGCCGUUGGCAUGUAG